GCCUUGCCUGCACACAAAGCAACAGACUAACCAAGCAGAUCGAGCUGUGAUCGAGAUCAAGAGAUGAGGAAGCAACGCAGCUCUUCUUCUGCUGCUGCAGCAGCAGCAGUUGUGUCCCUCUGCAAGGUGCUCCUCAUGGCCCUUGCUCUCAUCUGCACCAUGCACGCUGCCCCCGUAGAAGGAGGGAGAGCAGCAGCAGCAAUUGGGAGUGGGGCACUGGAUCCAACCUACACGCCGCGGGUUCCUCGUGGCCAGCCUUACACCCGCUCAUGCGGAGGACCCUACACCAAAUGCCCUCCACCUCCAGGAGCAGGCUCACCAUGACUGCAGUCGACUGCAUAUAUGCUGCUACUGCAUACUGCGUGAACACCGUGCAUAUUGAUCUCGAUCAAAUACCAAUAUACCAUGCAUGGUCUGCGUGUCUCUUUAUUAUAGCUAUAUAAACAAAUAAAGCAUGCAGCCAUUCAGUGCUCUUGGAUGAUCGAUUAAGACAGUGUUUGUUUACUUACUCCUGUGUUUGUUCAUGCACAGUCCCAGUGUGCAGCAGUGCAGAGGAUAGUACGUCAGGCAGCAGCUCAUAUAGUACUGUGACUGUGAUGUACUAAUGUAUGUAUAUGUACCUCACGCCUGCUUAACUAUUCCAUGUUGUCUACAA